AUGCAGAGUAAUCGACGAGAGUUAGUUGACUCGAUAUGCUUGGAUGUAAUCGGAGCCAUUCACGUUAUGCUUUACAUCAAGCUUGGAACUAUCAGCGUUACCGCUCUUCCGGAAAUCGCGCCUAAAAUGCCAUUAGAUGAAGCAUAUGUGAAGGCCAGUAUAAAUUUAUUUGCUGAUAGACACGAAACCAGUUAUGUUGAUGUUCUCCAAAUUUUCACGAUCUAUUAA